GCUUUCUAGAAACAUCCUUGCAGGGGUGUUGAGGCAAGUUGGAGAUCAAAUCUGCAGGACACCGGCCCUCCAGGACCGAGUUUGGACACCCCUGCCUUAGAUCAAACACCUCAUAUAUUAUCCAGAUAACUGGGUACUAUUUUAGACUUUGUUGUCAAUUUGAAACGAAUGUCUCUCUACGCUCAAUGUCUUACAUUCAGAUACUUUCUGAUUUCAUAAUCAUUCCUGGACCAACUCAGAUCUUUAAAGGGUUAUUAAAGUAUUAGCAGUCUAUUAUAUUACAUGAUGACCAUUAUAUAUUAGCAGUUUAUAAUAUAGCAUAUAUUUAAAAACCAAAGCCAAGUUGUUGUUUUCAAUGCUUUUAACAUUUCCUCCAGCGUCGUCUAUGUUACAGAUGCAGCGUUAAACAAUCUUUAAGUCUUAAUCUGUUUUUGUCACAGUAUUGGCAUGAUUUGAUGCAUUUGAGCCUGGUUUGAACAUUAGACAGCUUUUAUAGUAGUUUGCUUAACUGAUGAUUAACUUUAAUUUAAUUUAAUUUGUAUCUUUUUUGCUAUUAUAUACUGUAGUUCAUACGUUUGACAUUCCUUUGUGUCCUAAUACAUUGUCAUUAAUGUUGCUUGGGCAGAUUUAAUUUGACCUAUAUUGAACUUUUAAUGACGAUGAAUCAAAUUUUGUUCGUAUAUUCGGGCGUUUAGCAUUCCUGUGUUGUUUUGUGGAAAUAAAUGAGUUGGAUAAUCAUUGAAGAAUGGCUUGAGUUCUUUGCUGUUAUUCUUGUAGGUACAUUUUUAGUCACCAGAAUCAUUUUUUAUGUUUAGAUAUUUUUCAAAUGCUUGUAUUUUAAUGAUUUCUUACACAUUGUCAUGGAUCACAAGAUUUAACAGGCCAAUAUUAUGUUACAUGUUCUGCACACAGUGUCUUGUACAGCUGAAUGAGUUCCUUUUGUGCAUUUAAUUCAGUCAAUAUUUUCCAGGAUGUAUGAUGUAAUUCUGGCAAAAAUAUAUUAUACAUUACUUAUAAAAACCUCUAAAUAGUAAUUUUCUUGAUUCUACAACAUUACCUUUGGAAGAAAAUAUUAAUAAAUCUGCAUCAAUUCUGUUACCGAACCAUAUUUUGCCUUUUAGAUUCGUAGAAUUACUACCCACAAUUAUGCAAGAUACAGGAAAUGAGGAAGGAAACGAUGUCACUUUGGCUUGCUGAAAAGAUUUGAAGCACAGAAAGCAAUGGCUGUUUGCAGCAGUCCACAGGAUGCAGAGCAGUUCCAGUGUUCAAUAUGCCAGGACAUCUUCACUGACCCGACAACCAUUCCAUGUGGACACAACUUUUGUAUGGUAUGUAUCUGUCAACACUGGGACAGCAGUAGGAAGACAAGCUGCCCCCUUUGCAAAAAACAUUUUAACUUGACACCAGAGAGUCUGGACAUCAACAGAGAGUUCAAGGAGAUCAUUGAACGACUGAAGAGGGUGGAAAGUCCUGUUCAGCCUGGAGUGGUAGCGUGUGAUGCCUGUACAAAAAUAAAGAGAGGAGCUUUGAAGUCUUGUCUCCAUUGUGAAGGAUCUUUCUGCAAAACUCAUCUUGAACCUCAUAACACCGUAGCCAAACUGAAGAAGCACAGACUUAUCAAUCCUGUGGAGAAUCUGGGCGAUUAUAUCUGCUCAAAGCACGAGAGACCGCUGGAGCUGUUCUGCAGAGAUGACCAGAUGUGUGUGUGUCUGUCGUGUACGAUAAAAGACCACAGAACACACAACACUGUCCCAGUAGAGGAGGAGAGCGAAGAAAGAAAGUCUCAGUUUGGGAGAAAGCAGGCCGAGGUUCAUUUGAUGAUCCAGAACAGAAUAAAGAAAAUUGAAGAAAUUAAAACCUCAGUGACGAUCAGCAAGCAAAGCUCAGAAAAAGAGAGAGCCGGCUAUGUCGAGGUGUUUGCUGAUCUGAUGCGCUCCAUUAAGAGAUGUCAGCGUGAGCUGCUGGAGGUGAUGGAGCAGAAGCAGAAAGCAGCAGAGAAACAGGCUGAAGAUCUGAUUAAAGAGCUGGAGCAGGAGAUCAGUGAACUGAAGAGGAGAAACUCUGAGCUGGAGGAGCUCUCACACACUGAAGAUCACCUGCACCUCCUACAGAUUUAUCCAUCACUUUGCAGGCCUUUAGACACCAAGAUCUGGACUGGGAUCAGUGACACUCAUAUGAAGGAGGAUGCUGUGAGAAGAGCUAUUACAAAACAUCAGGGAUUUCUCAGUGAUGUAAUGGUGAAAAUGACAGGAAUUGAGCUAAAGAAGAUCAAGAAGUUUACAGUGAAUGUGACUAUGGAUCCUGAAACUGCUCACCCCAAACUCUUCUUGUCUGAGGAUGACAAACAAGCUGAAUUUGGAGAAACACGUCAGCCUGUCCCAGACAAUCCGUGGAGGUUUAAUAAGUGUCCCAGUGUCCUAGGGAAGGAGGGAUUCUGUUCUGGCAAGUUUUAUUUUGAGGUGCAGGUAAAAGGGAAAACGGAGUGGGAUUUAGGAGUGGCGAGAGAGUCUGUUAACAGGAAGGGAAUAAUUACUCUGAGUCCCAGGAAUGGACUGUGGACUCUGUGGUUGAGGAAUGGAGCUGAGUAUAAGGCCUGUGACUGUCUGUCUGUGUCUCUCUGCCUGAAAGUGAAGCCCCAGACGGUGGGUGUGUUUGUGGAUUAUGAGGAGGGUUUAGUCUCAUUUUAUGAUGUAGAGUCCAUGUCUCAUAUCUACUCGUUCACUGGUCAGUCUUUCACUGAGAAACUCUAUCCAUAUUUCAGCCCAGGCUUUAAUAAUGGAGAUCAAAAUUCAGACCCACUGAUCAUUUCACCCCCCCAGUAAAAAUAACUGGACUUUAGUGUAUAAUGACUUAAUAUAUAUGAUAUAUAUAUAUCAUAAUACUGGGUGACGCAGUGGCGCAGUAGGUAGUGCUGUCG